AUGGCUUCAGUCUCCCACUUGCCUCAGCAGGUCCUGAACCUUCUAGAUAGUGUUUUUAGUAUUUACAUAAAUAUCAAAUUAAUAUGCUUGCUUUCAACUUUCAACAAUGUUGCCUUAAUUUAUAUUGUCAUUUGGCAGAUACGAAGACCCGGAAAUCCAAAAGUGGACAUCAAACCUAAGUCAAAGAUUUCAGCAUCACGGAAACUUUCUCUAAAGAUAAUGCUUCUUAACAGAGCAAUGGAGGAUUUGGAGAACGAGAAACAGGACAGGGAUGAAGAGAAAAAUCGCUACCUCAAAGACAAACACCCUCCUUUGCAGCUUUCUGGACUCUCUCUGGGGGAGUUACAGAAUCUGUGUAAGCAACUCCACGCAAAAAUCGAUGUAGUAGAUGAGGAGAGGUACGACUAUGAGGAUAAGGUCAUCAAGCACAACAAAGAUAUCAAUGAGCUUAAGUUGAAAGUUCAGGAUCUAGGGGGGAAGUUCAAGAAACCCGCCCUGAGGAAAGUGCGUGUGUCUGCUGAUGAGAUGAUGAGGGCUUUGCUGGGCUCCAAACACAAAGGCUCCAUGGACCUCCGUGCAAAUCUGAAGUCGGUCAAGAAGGAGGAUAUAAAGCAAGAAAAGGUCUUGACAAGUGAAGUAGGUGACUGGCGUAAGAAUGUGGAAGCCAUGUCUGGCAUGGAGGGAAGAAAGAAGAUGUUUGACGCUGCCGGGGGAGGCCAGUGAGCCCCUUCAUGAAACCAAACUGACCUUCUGGAUGGCCUUGGUCUUGACAGAGAAGAUAUAAAAUGGAUAGGACAAAACUGAAAUGUUCUCUGGCUUUGUUGACCUUUCUGAGCUGCUUUCUUUUUAGCAAAUAGUAACUGCUAAUCUUUUAAAGAUAUUAAUUGACCCAAAAUCUACAUUCUGUGACUAUUUACUCACCUUUAUGUUGAUCCAAACCUGAAUUAUGGUCUUAUUUCUGUAUAAGACAAAAGGAUAAUUUAGAAGAAUGCUAAUGUGGCUCUUUUUCCAUUUAAUGACAGGGGCAAGCUAUUCCUUUAAAAUAUGAUUGACAUCCCUUCUCCAAAGAGUUGAUAUAGACAUAAAAUAUGCCUUUGUAGUUUCAGGUGUUUUUGAGACCUGUAUAGUCUGCAUCCUAUAUACCAGUGGUCGGGAACCUAUGGCUCACGAGCCACACCUCGCUCUUUGACAAAAAUCAUGUGGCUCGCCAGGUCUCUCACCCUUUCCCAACAAAUGAUCGAUAACAAAUUCGACAUCACUAGAGAUCAGCAAUUCCUGUGUUGUAGAGCCUACCGAAGUUUGUUAAAAGUUUAUUAUAAAAAUAUAUUUAAAGUUGUACAGGCCAAAGUGCGUGUUCAGUGAUGUUCGUGACAUCGCGAGUGCCACGACAGCAAUUAAAGGGUUAGUUCACCCAAAAAUGAAAAUAAUGUCAUUUAUUACUCACCCUCAUGCCGUUCCACAC